UUUCUCUCAAAUUCCUCAGACGCUUCUUCACUCUUCGCUCUCCCUUCUUCUCUAUAUAUUCACAUUUUCGUCUUUCUCUUUUGUCAAGCCAGCUAACCCUAAGUAUUUGAUUAAGUUCAGUUCAAGUCUCUUUGAAUCGCAUCGCAAUGGCCGCUCAAGCGGUGUCCUUCUCAUCUUGGUCGCCUCUUGUAUCUCACGGGGCUGGGCCUUCUGCAACUAAGCCUUGUUUGGCGAACUUCCCAAUGACUACGAAGAAGCCUUUGCGUCGUUUUGGGGUGGUGAGGGCUCAGGCCUCUGAUGAGAACAAGGACACUUCUUUGGACGUUCACUUCAAUAAGGACAACCGUGGCCAGCAACAAACCUCUAUGGAGAGGAGGCCUCGCAGGAUGGCCAUGGAUGUUUCUCCUUUUGGUUUAUUGGAUCCGUGGUCGCCCAUGAGAAGCAUGCGUCAGAUGCUGGACACAAUGGACCGACUAUUCGAAGACGUCAUGACAAUCCCAGGAAGCAGGGGAAGUGAAAUCCGAGCCCCAUGGGACAUCAAAGAGGAAGAGCACGAGAUCAAGAUGAGGUUCGACAUGCCUGGUCUCUCCAAGGAGGAUGUUAAGGUUUCUGUGGAGGACGAUGUUCUUGUCAUCAAAGGUGGUCGUAAAAUGGAAGAAGGUAAAGAUGAUACCUGGUCCUCCCGGAGCUAUAGUUCCUACGAUACUCGCCUCCAGCUUCCCGAUAACUGCGAGAAGGACAAGGUUAAGGCAGAGCUGAAAAAUGGUGUGCUUUACAUCACCAUUCCUAAGACCAAAGUUGAACGCAAGGUCGUCGACGUGCAAAUCGAGUGAGGUCCAGAGGCUAAGGCUUUUGUAUUGUACAGUGUUUUUGAGUGUCUUUUUAAUUUUCGAAGUAUGCAUUUAAAGAUACAAGUGUGUAUGUAAGGAAAUAACAGUUUGUAAAAUAAUUGCCCGGAAAUAACAUCUUCAUUUUCUUCUU